GUGGAUGGCACACACGCAGAAGAUAGUAAAAUCUCAAAAAAUCGAAGGAAAUCUCUCAAUAAAGCUCACAAUGGGAUCCAGCUCUUCAUCCUACGCUCCUAAAACCGUGUACCUCGAUGUAGAUGGGAAAGUUCAGAGAGUCAUUUUCAGUCGACACUGCAGUCCAUGUGACAUCAGAGAGCUGCUUUGCACAUCCUCCAACAUCGCCAGAAACAUGGCUAUUCUUUUAGUAGACUCAGAAGGAGCACUGAUAUCCAUCGACCCCACAAUGCCUACAAACACGCCUAACAACUUGUAUAAAGUAAUGCCUCAAUCCAGUCAAGGAGGAGAAAAAGAAGACAUGUUCCAGAACGUUCUCUCUCAAGUAGCGGAGCAGUUCAGUCGGGCUUUUAGGAUAAGCGAGCUAAAGACCGAGAUGACAAACAGACUGGCCAUGCUGGAGAAAAGGGUCGAACUAGAGGGCCUGAAAGUGGUAGAGAUUGAGAAGUGUAAGAAUGAUCUGAAGAAACUAAGGGAUGAGGUGACCUCUGGAGGAGGAGCAAGGGUGAACUGCAACUGCAAAUACAAUUUCACAGACGACGGAAAGAAACUCUCUCCCAGACGUGAUGUUCCAAGUUAUCCAAAGUACACACUUUCCCAGGAGACUAUAGAGACUCUGAAGAAGCCCACUUUUGAUGUAUGGCACUGGGAACAUAAUGAGAUGUUAAGCUGUCUGGAGUACAUGUAUCAUGAUCUCGGGUUGGUAAAGGAGUUUAACAUGAACCCCAUCACCCUGAAGCGAUGGCUGCUGGCAAUCCAGGAGAAUUACCGUGACAACCCGUUCCAUAACUUCCGCCACUGCUUCUGCGUCAGCCAGAUGAUGUACGGAAUGAUUCACUUGUGCAACCUACAGGGGAAACUGACCAUGACUGACAUGUGCAUCCUGAUGACGGCAGCAGUGUGCCAUGAUCUCGACCAUCCAGGAUACAAUAACACGUAUCAGAUUAACGCUCGGACCGAGCUGGCCGUGCGCUACAACGAUAUCUCCCCACUGGAGAACCACCACUGUGCCGUGGCCUUUCAGAUCCUCUCCAUGCCGGAGUGCAACAUUUUCGCCAACAUCGAACCUGAGUCCUUCAAACAGAUUAGACAGGCCAUCAUUACUCUGAUUCUAGCCACGGACAUGGCAAGACACGGUGAGAUACUAGAUUCUUUUAGACAGAAAGUGGACAACUUUGACUUCACGAAUGAGGAGCAUGUCAAAUGUCUGAAGAUGGUCUUGAUAAAGUGUUGUGACAUUUCCAACGAGGUUAGACCAACUGAGGUGGCCGAGCCAUGGGUGGACUGCCUGCUGGAGGAGUACUUCAUGCAGAGUGACAGAGAAAAGUCUGAAGGUCUUCCUGUUGCUCCUUUCAUGGACAGGGACAAGGUGACCAAGCCGACGGCACAAAUUGGCUUCAUCAAGUUUGUUCUCAUCCCAAUGUUUGAGACGGUCAUGAAGCUUUUCCCUCAAAUCGAGGAGAUCAUGGUGCAGCCGCUGCGAGACUCUCGUGACCACUACGAAGAACUAAAACAGAUGGAUGACGCCAUGUCACAAGCCCAGAAGAAGAAAGCAGAGAGCAUGUCAUUAGGAGGAAAGAAAUAGAUCCUUGUCAUUAAAAGAAGGAAGUUCAGCAUAAACUGAGCCGGAUUCAUAGCCGGAUAAGAGACGUAGCCUGGCUUUGUUUUGGUGUCCCAUCUGUUCUUUUACUCACAUGGAGUGGGCGUCUCCUGUUCAACUCUCCCACGCCUUGAAAGCCUGCUCUGAGACGACUGAUUUAUCCACACCACAUAGAUAUAGUAAGACACCAGAUGUGAUAGGAGCCUCAAGAGG